AUGCCGCUCCUCCCGCUGCUCCUCCUCCUCCUGCUCCUGCCGCCGGCCGCCGUCGCAGGCAAGGUCCGCCACUCCCCCUCCUUCGCCCUCGACUUCUUCCCCGGCGACGGCGCCAUCGCGCAGCUCGCCCUCACCGCCGCCAAUGCCACCCCCGCCGGCGCCAUCGCCAUGCGCUCCCCGCACGCCCGCGUCCAGUACCACAGCCCCAUCCGCUUCGCCGCCGCCGACGCCGGCUUCUCCACCUACUUCUCCUUCUCAUUCUCCCUCCGCCCCGCCCCCAAAUCUCGCGCAUCCCUCGCAUUCUUCCUCAAGCCCGCCGCCGCGCCACCCACCGCCCACGCCCUCUCCGUCGCCUUCGACGCCGCGGACCCCACCAACAUCCGCAUCCAGACCGACUUCGCCGGCGCCAAGGCCGGCCUCAGGACCGGCCUCUCCGCCGCCGGCGCCCACAAGCUGCAUUCUUGGAUAGACUACAACGCCACGUCCGCCACGCUCCGGGUCGGCCUCUCCGCCUCGGGCCCCCGCGACGGCGCCUCGCACCUCCUCCAGCACCUCGAUCUCUCCGCCUUCCUCCGCGGCGGCGGCGGCGGCAGGAACAGGCUCCUGCUCGCCGGCCUCGCCUCCGCCCACGCCAACUGCACCCUCUUCAGCUGGGCCUUCAGGGCCAACACGGCGCAUCCCUACCUCAUGCACUCCCUGCCGCUCGACCCCGCCGGCCUCUCCCUCGCCACGCCGCCCGCCGACCGCCUCCACCGCGCCGCCAGCAGCCCUUACCACUGGCUGUCCUUGCUGCUGGCUGCCGCCGCCGGCGCCGCGCUCACCUUCUUCGUGCUCUUCGUCUGGUACUCCAUGGCCGCGCGCCGCCCCGUCGCGCCCGUCGAGUACCCCAUGCACCCCUCAUCCGACGACGUCGUCUACGAGAAGAUUGUGCUCGUCGGAGUCAAGGACAUGCCUUCCGCCCAUCUCGCAUCAGCUGGUAACAACAAGUAGUCAGCUGCUAGCUACGUACUAGAGAUUGUACAACUACUUUGCAACGACUGUGCUUCUCCUGUGUGUGUAACUGUAAGUAGGGAAUUGCUGCUUAGUCAAGUGCGGUGGGAAAUGCAGAUCUUGCGGGGGAAGCCGAGCAACGCAAAUUCUGCACUUCCCACCGGGAUUAGAAUUCCAGGAUUGCUGUUUCUCUGUUGUAACUUGCCAUGUCUUCCACUAGUUGCUAUACUAUUUCUUCUUCUUGUGAUUCAUCAUAGUCAUCUGCUUGCCAGUGUUCAA